AUGGCUUCAUUUUACAAAUACUCAUCACCAUCAGCAUCGUCGAGCAAAGAAAAGAGUGCGAAAAAGGCGUCCAAUCCAAACUCCAAAUCACUGUUAGAUCGACCACUUCCCAGGGCACCUCCCCCUGGAAAUUUUAAUGUAAAUUAUGAUACGUUUGAAGUUAGAAUACCCAAUUACAUUUUUGGAAAGGCCAUUGAGCUUGCUGGAGCAGGUGGUUUGAUGGCAGUCAGUGUUGGAAAGAGAAUUAAAGACAACAAGAUCGUGCUAGCAAAGAUCUCGCCUCAUUCAGUUCGACUGGAACGAGAAUAUUACGUAACAAAACGACUGUACUCAUUGCCGGGUGGAUCCAAAUACGUGCCCAAUGCUGUAGAAUACGUUUCGCUGGUGCAAGAUGGACUCGCAGCGUUACUCUACAGCGACAUUCAGCCCAAUGACUACAUCUAUUUCGAGCAGUAUCAAAAGACCAACUACUUUACGCUACACUCAUUGACGCUGAUGACCAACAACUACGAUGUGUGGGGUCAAGAUGUGAUGCCAAUACCCAAAUGCAACGAAAUAACACUGGAUGUCUUUCUAACCUUUGCUGUUGAAUGCUGUUCGGCUCUCCAAUUCUUACAUGAGAAUGGUGUAAUCCAUGGCGAAUUGCGACCAUCAGCCUUCCAUUGUAGAUCCGAUGAAAAGGGCAACAUCAGCACAAAGGUCUGGAAUUUCGGUGGUGGGUUAAACUCGUACGAAGAACUAUUGCUCACAAGCUCACGAUGGAGGUCGUUCAUGUCAAACGAAAACAGCAGCAAUGCAACAGCUACUGCACCCGCCUCUACGACAUCCUCCGCCUCGACCAUCCCAACACCUCCACCACCUCCUCCAUUCUCACCUCAGCAACCCUCCAACUACUUUCAGGUUAACAACAGUUACAAGCACAAAACGAAUCAUUACAGCAGCACGCCUACUUCAUCCACACCGACUGCACCGAAUUCGAGUCGAUUCUACUCGCCCAAAGAGUUCCAGACAUCGCUUGUCUAUGUCAGUCCUGAACAAACCGGCAGAACAUCCAAUGCGCUGGACCACAGAGCGGAUUUGUAUUCUCUGGGCAUCAUGUUCUUUGUCAUCCUGACGGAUCGAAACCCUUUUGCCGGCACAGCCAUAGAUAUCAUCCACGCCAUUUUAUCCAAAAAUGUGCCUCUUGUACAUACCAUUCGAAACGAUAUACCACCCAUCAUCAGCUUAAUUAUCGAUAAACUGACCAGAAAGACGGUAGACGAGAGAUACGACAGUGCCUAUGGAUUGCGAGAGGAUUUGCUCGAAUGCCAGAAGCGACUUGAAAACGAUAAUCCAGAAGAGAACUUGGUCUACUUUCCUUUGGGUCUUCGAGACAUCAACCCUGUAUUCAAAGUGUCUGAUAGCGUCUACGGCCGAAACAAAGAAUCCGAGUUGAUUAGUUCCAUCAUCGAAAAUACCUACAAUCUUCACCAGCAGCAAAAGAGAAAAGCCAACAAUCUACCGACGACCAACAACAAGAGCGUGCCUGAAGAUCUCAGUGUCUUGUCAGCAUCCGAUUCCACCACCACCACUUCCAUGUCUGUCGCCAGCGUAUCCUCUUCAGUAACAGAGAAGCCUGACACUGUUGUGCAAGAAACGAGUGCAUUGACGGAGGCAGACAAUCUACUGCGAGUCAACUCAUCCACAUCACUUGAUCACACUAGCUGUGAGGUCAUUGUACUGAAAGGACCAGGUGGUAUAGGUAAAUCCACGCUAGUAUCCACCUUAAAUGUACAGGCGCGGCACUGCGGAUACACUGCAUCAGCCAAAUUCGACAAGAACCAAAAGAGACCUUACAAUGGAUUACUGCGUUGUCUCUCCUCUAUCCUGCGCCAACUGUUGACUGAAUCAGAGCAUGUCAUUCGAGAAUUUUACAGCGAUCUCAAGAAAAAUCUUGGCCCCCAGUUCAGCAACGUGCGAUUGAUGGUCAAUAUGGUGCCUGAAUUGAAACCAAUUUUGUAUGAUUACAGGGAGAGAAUCAGCCUAUCUGACGAUGAUGUCUUGAUCAACAUUUUGAACACGGAGACUCGAUUUCACUCGGUCUUUCUCAACAUCAUUCGCACCAUUGCGAGACGAAAGCUAUUGACUUUGUGCUUGGAUGAUUUACAAGAAGCAGAUGAAGCUUCUAUUCAGUUGAUUAGCGCACUUAUCCACUCUAGAACUACAAUGCUGGUUAUCUUAACGUUUAGAGAUGGAGACGAGACACCUCAGAAAGUAAUAGAUAUCCUAGACAAGUGCGCCAGUCCAGUGACAACCAUUCAGCUUGUGCCAUUGGACAGAGAAGGGCUCAAAGAACUCGUGCUGGAUACAUUCUACAAUUCGCACAGGUCAUACACAACACUGCGGUACCAUGAAGUGGAGCAGGAACAACAACAGCGUAUCGAGACCAUCAUGCCUCUCGUCGAUAUCAUAUACAAAUGGACGCGUGGUAACCCCUUUUAUGCCAAGCAGUUUCUCAAGACGAUGAAGCGAAAAGACGACAUUUGGUUCGACUGGACAGCGAAGAGCUGGAAGUUUAGGCUGGACAACAUCAAGAAACUGUUCGAUAAUGACAUCAAGCAGCCACUGCCACCCUCGAAAAAGCCCCUCUCUUCUGCAAAUCAUGCGACCGAAGUGCUGUUGUUUAGCCCUGGUGGAUCUCAACCUCAACAGCAGCAACAGAUGCAGCAAUAUCACAAUGCAAACCAGUCUAUAUUUGAUGUUCGAAACCUCGUCUCUCACUUGCGUUCAUUGGACCUCAGCGCACAGUACUUUUUGAUGUGGGCAAGCUUAAUAGGCCAUGUCUUUAAUUUUCGAAGAAUCAAAUGGCUCAUGAUGGCCACCAGUUCAGGCAGUGGUGGUGACACAUCGGACGAAAACAGUAGCAUAGCAAGUUCCAGUAGCAUCAGUAACAGUAGGUCCCCCAUGUCGACCGAUGAGGCAAGCAGCGUCAAGAGCCGCCCUCGCACCAAUCCCACGUCGCCUGUGUUGCCCAGCAGCAGCAGCAGCAACAAUCCCUCUUUAACGCCUGUGCUCACCUUUGAAGAGGAAGAAAAGAGGUCCAAUCAAGCCAUGUUGGGUCUGCAGGUCGCUUUGAACGAAGGUAUUAUUCAGUACAAGGCAGGCAACGACUUUCACUUUAUCCACGAUCGUUACUAUCAAGCGGCUUCGAUGCUGAUUGUAGACCCUUCGCAGAGAGAGAGCAUGCAUCUCAAGAUUGGACAGAUGCUGAUGUUGGAGGAAGAGGAGUUGGAAGAGGAUGAUAAUGUAUUUCUUACAGCAGAUCACUUUGUCAAGAGUGCUGGCCUCAUCAAGCUAAUGGACAAGAGAAAGUGCUAUCGAGAUGUGCUCAUCAAAGCUGGUAAUGAAGCCACGCUGUCGGGCGCCUUGCAGAUAUCAGCGACUUACUAUCUGUGCGCGCUUUCUUUGCUGGAAGAGGAUGUCGAAAAGCGGUGGCAGGACGGCCCUGAUACGUCCUUCUCUGAGACGUUGACAAUCUACAUGAAGAUUCUGGAACUCAAGAUUCUAAACAACAAUGACAUGAACAGAGCCACUUAUACUCUUCCGAAAGAUGUUGAUCCACCAGCGCCAGCGACUGGCAAAGAGGAAGCAGUAACGACCGUCAAAUCCGCCAUUGCCAAUGACAACAAGCUUGUUACUGCAACAACCUUCAUCAUACACGAUGACAUGAGGGACAGCAUGGUCAAGCAAAUCAUGGACCACACACACGACCUUCCCUUUGAAAGAGCUCAAGCAUGGCGCAUUCAAGCACGCAUCUACUUUCAGCAAUCUCAGUAUCGAAAGGGCAUCUCCAACAUCUUGCAAGGGCUGGAAGAACUGGGCAUUGUCGUGGAUACCAAUAUCACAGAGGAGGAAGUGCUGCGGUAUUACCAAGCUGUCAAAUCCAGCAUCACAAAACCUGGUUUUGACAUUUUGAUCAAGUCGGGCCCCUGUCAGAAUACGACGCAAAUUGCCAUCAUGACACUAUUGAACGAGGCCUGCACAGGUGCGUAUUGGGUGAACCCCAUUUUGGUCGACUUUUUUGCCCUUAAGCUAUGUGAGCUCUCGCUCAAGUACGGAUACACAUCAGCUAGUGGAGGCGGCUUUAUUUGGGUGGGUUGCACUGCGACCCGAGUGUCUGAAUUCACAUUGGCGGCUCAACUGGGUAAAUUUGGUAUGGCCAUCAGUGAAAAGUAUGCAGGAAAUUCUGAAAUUGCGCGUGCCAUUAUUGUGCAUCAUGCCAUGUUGGCUCAGUGGACCGGUGUGCAUGUAAGAGAGUAUAUCUAUCAGUACCAGCGAGCCUACAAGUACGCUAUUGCUGGCGGCGAUCAGCUUUUUUCCUCCAUGGCUCUAUUUCAUGUUGCCACUACAUUGUACUGGACCAGCUGCAACCUAUCCGAACUGCGUUGGCACUUAAAUCACUCGAUGGAGGAAUGCAGUAAAGGCAGUUCCAAGGAUGUGCUUAUCCUCAAUAUCUCCUUGUGGAGGUCCGUGCUUGUUUUCCAAGGGAAGACAGAUAUCACCAUGGACCCCGAGAAGAUGAUGAAUGACCCUGACAGUAGCUUUGAUGAGCCUUCGUUUGUGGAAGAUCUCAAAAGCCAGAGCGUCAAUUCUGGUAAUCCUCUCAAUUGGCACUACAGUUUCAAGAUGAUUCUGCUAUUCCAUUUUGGCUUUACACAGGCUGCAUCCGACUUGGGAUUCAAGAUUUUUGAUAACUCAGUGAAUGAAGCAGUACAUCGCCAUGUUGGUAUUGCCAUGUACUAUCACUGCAUUGCUAUUGUCGAGUCGUUGAGAGACCCUCAUCUUGAGCCCAGCACGAGGGAAAAGUAUGAAAAGCAGCUUUACAAGAACGAAAAGAGGCUUAAUGAACUAGCUACUCACUCUGAGGUGAACUACCGCAUGUACCAUAAAGUGGUGCAAGCACAAAUAUCCACACUAGACAUGAACAACUUGAACAAAACGCUACAUCUCUACAACGAAGUGAUGGAGCUUGCGCUCAAGGGCAACUGGUACUCGUUCUUGGGCCUUACAUUCGAGCUUGCGUCUGAACACUACAUGCGUUGCGGCCUCACCAUGUUGGCUAUACCCACGUUGUCGAGAUCCAUUGAAUUUUACGCGCGUUGGGGGGCUUUUGGUAAAGUGCAGUAUCUCAAGAACAAGUACAGCGCCGAGUUAGAGAGCCGAACAGUAGUAGGAAAGGAAGAAGCGGCAGUGCAGACGGAGGAUGUCAUUGUUGGAUUGACCACCACCGUCGUGGACAAGAAUUUUAGUAUUUGGGAUAACAAUAGCAGUGACGAAACGAGUCCAGGCUCUUCACUCAAAGAAUUGUAUGGCAACGACGACUCCCAGCAGCAACAACAGCAACAACAGCAGCGACAUAUGGGUGUAGGCACCGGUGGGCCAGAAGGCGGUGCUGGCGGUGCGGGUGGAAACAACGAGUCUUUGCUGAGCAACAAUGUGGCUUCAGAAGAUGUCAAUGUCGUGCGAGAAGACACGCUGUUCUCCUUGGACAUGGUGGAUUUGACCUCUAUUAUCAAGAGCUCGCAAGUUAUCUCCAAUGAGAUGAACUCGUUUGACGAACUGCUGAAAAAGAUGAUGGGUAUCAUCAUGGGCAAUUCGGGUGCAGAGUCUGGUGCCAUCAUCAUCAAAGAAGGGGUAUUUGGUAUUGCUGCUUAUUCCGUGCGAGCGACCGACACUUGUCAGACAUUUGAACCGCCUCUGGCUCUUCGUGAUGACGAUGACAAGAUAUCCACUUCAAUCGUGCAUUAUGUAAUCCACACGCAUGCCAAUCUUUUCAUCUCCAAUGUGGAAGGCGAUCCUCGUUUCAACACGGGCGAUGGCGGCAUGAAGAAGGGAGCUGUGAUCUGUAUGCCCAUUAUGCACAAGAGCACACUGGUAGGCGUGCUGUACCUGCAGGCCAACUUGAACGCCUUUACUCACAAGCACGCCAAUGUACUGGCGCUGCUGUGUGACCAGAUUGGUAUCUCCAUCACAAAUGCCUUGCUGUUCAAAUCGGUACAAAAGGCUACAAAGGCCAAUGCACUCAUGAUUGAGAGCCAACUCAAGGCAUUGGAAGAAGCUCGCGCCAGCAGAGAACAGGCAUUGCGAGCUACCAAAAUGAAAUCCAACUUUCUAGCCAACAUGUCUCACGAACUGCGUACCCCGUUCUCUGGUUUCUAUGGUAUGAUUUCCCUGUUGAGCGAAACUCGUCUGGAUGCAGAACAGAGGGAAUUUGUGUCUAUUGCUAAGCAGAGCUGUGAGAUGUUGCUGCACAUCAUUGACGAUUUAUUGGAUUUCUCAAAGCUGGAGGCGCACAAGGUGAAGCUGUUGCAUGGCUUAUUCUACAUUGAGGACCUGAUUGCUGAUAGAAUGGAACUGCUCAUCACACUGGCAACAAACAAGAACGUUGAACUAACCUACUUUAUCGACCAAGAUGUGCCGUCCAUCAUCUUUGGUGACGGGAAUCGCAUCGGCCAAAUACUCAUGAACCUGAUUGGCAAUGCUAUCAAGUUUACACAUCAUGGCGAAGUCGUGGUGCGAUGCUCUGUAGACAAGGACAGUGCUACGCAGAAAGAGCCUGAUGACUUGACGCUAAGAAUAUCUGUUCAAGACACUGGCAUUGGUAUGUCUGAAGAAGAAAUCAAGGGCUUGUUCUUGCCAUUUAGCCAAGUAGAUGGUUCCACGACAAGAAACUUUGGUGGCACGGGCCUUGGCUUAUCCAUCUGUUUACAACUCGUCAAGUUGAUGCAUGGCGAAAUUCAUGUGGAUUCCGUGGUGAACAAAGGAUCCACCUUUACAUUUACUAUCCAAGUCAAAAACGGGGACACUGUCGCCAAGACGGAUGCCAGUUAUGAUGCACGCAACUGCUCUAUCAAGGAAUUACAGCUACAACUCGGUCAGCCUCGUAUGUUGAUUGUCGGCGUCGAACGAGUCAAGUUCAUGAUCCAAUCGUUCAUACCUUGGGUGCAACAUUUGGAGCACAAAGACUCGGUAUCAGAGGGUAUUGAUGCUGCUUUAUUCAACGCUAGAAGCGGUACGCCAUAUGACGGUAUUGUGCUUGACUCGCCCAAGCCUGAAGAUUUGCUAACGUUGAUCAAGCACAUUGAGGAGACGCCUGCCCUUAAAGACAUGCGUAUCUUGAUUUUACUUGCGCCAACGGUAGACAACAUUCGUCGCCAUUUCGUUCAGAGUAUUGUAUCAGCUCGCAAUGAUGAUAAGACUACUUCGUCGCCCUCCGCUAAUACCAAGGCGUCUGUUAACAGCAUCAGUGGCGACCACCUGCACCAUCAUCAUGUAUUCCAUCCUCUGGUUACUCGACUCUCCAAACCCAUUCGUACAGUCAAACUAUUGAAUGCACUUGUCAAGGUGCUGUCUAAAACGUCAGUGGUAAUUGGCACUGAUGCCGCUGAGAACAACACGCUGCUCGCCAUCACAGACUUACCUACCUCCUCCUCCUCAGAGACAGAUGCGACUGCAGUAACUGACAUCAACAACAGCAGCCAAGUACUUGAAACUGGACUUGUGCAAGAGAUUGUGCCUGUGCUUGUAACACCUCCUUAUUCAAGACAGGAUCAUGAGGGAUUCUCGCCUGAAGAACUAGCGCAAUUCAAAGGUCAAAAGAUUCUGGUUGCUGAAGACAACUUUAUAGCGCAAAGGUUGAUUGUGAAACAGCUGGAUCGAUUGGGAUUUAUCGUUGAAAAGUGCAAUAAUGGGUUCGAGUGCUUUGAUACGUGGAAGGCAAGAGGACCUGGCUACUUUUUGUUGGCUUGGAUAGAUCAUCAUAUGCCCGGUUGCGAUGGAUUAGAAGCAACAAGGAAAAUUCGUGCCUACGAAAAGGAGAUGAAGUUUAGCCCUGCAUUACCGAUCAUUGCGUUAACAGCCGACAUCCAAUUGACUGCACAGACGAAUUGCUUCAAUGCAGGCAUGAAUGAUUAUGUAACUAAACCCUUGAUGCAGAAAGAUCUUGCAAUGAUUUUGAGAAAAUAUUGCCUGUAA